AGUUCUCGGAACAGAAGAAGAAUGUCCUCCGUGUGUGCAUAAGUGCCCUGUUUGUUUUUGCUUGCACCUUUCAUCCCUUUUGUCUGCCUGUCCCUCUGUCUUGGGUGACUACAGACACGUCGUAUAAAGCGGUCACUGUUGCAUUUGUAAAGUACCGCAAACGACGGAUCAGAUAACUUCUGUGGUUUGAGAGGAUCUUUUGGGGUCUGUAGAUCUUGUUUACUUGUUAAACAGGAGGAAUGUUUCGACGAAGACUGCCGUUCUCACAGCUGAUCUUAGCCGCAGUGCUUGGGGUCGCUGGUGGCAUUUACAUCUACAGACCUUAUUUUGAGUCACGACCAAAGGCCUUUGAACAGCAAAACCAGGAUGUGCCAAAGAAAGGGAAUGAAACGGACCGAAGCAGAUCACCACUCCCAGGAAGCACUUCACAGACAGAACAAUCAGGACCAUCGAAUGGAGGCCAAACAAAACACAAGACCAGUGUGGAUUAAUUUCUGCUACCGUGAGGUUACUCUGCGUGACAAUAAAAUAAAAUAUUCUAUUCUGUGACAAAUCACUUUUCACAAUUCUGUGAAAAAUCACUUUGUAAAAAUGGUAUAAAAUAUUAAUGCUCUGACAGUUUUGAACACUCUCCUGCCUUACAGUUAUUUGUAAGAGAUUUGUAAAUGCAUAAAUUAUGUUACUCAAGGACAUUGUGAACCCAACAAUAAAAAUAAUGUAUCUUCA